AUGAAAGAAGAGCCUUACGAUGAUGAUGCAACCACAACGAUUGCUGAUUUGAUCCGCACUGGCGAAGGAGCCACCACAGCAGCAAGUUCAUCAACCAUAAUCACAGAAUUGAAUAUCAAGAAUAACAACAACACUAUGGGAUCAACAAGUUCCGAUAAUCAGCAUUCUAACUCAUCAAAUACUUAUGGUUUCUCUGAAAAAGUGGGUGACUUGUUCUCCGAUGAAAAUACAGACUCCAUAUGCCACUGCGUGAGCGAGGAUUUAGCUAUGAGUAAAGGUAUUGCGCUGAUAUUCAAGAAUAAAUAUGAAAGAGUUGAUGAAUUGAGAAAACAGAACGCCAAGACUGGUGGUUUGGCUGUUUUGCAUAUUCCAGAAGAAAAUAGAUACAUUUAUUAUUUGGUCACUAAACCAAAAUACUUUUUAAAGCCAACCUAUGACACUCUCCUAUCAAGCUUAAAAUGUAUGAAACAACACGCUAUCGAACACAAUGUGAAACGAAUUAGUAUGCCCUUAAUUGGAUGUGGUCUGGAUAAGCUUGUCUGGCCUCGUGUUAGAACUUUACUCGAUGAGACCUUUGGUGAUAUGGAAAUGCAUUUAACAUUGUACAAGUUGGAAAAUAAUGAUUCCACACGUAAGAGUCGAAACAACAAUGGUAACAGAGGAGGCAGCUCAUCUAAGAGAGGAGGAAGAGGAGGUGGUCAAAAACGAAGCAACAAUCCUUCCCAAAAUAGUGGCUUCAACCAACGUGGAGGUAAAAAAACAAAAUAA